AUCUCUCUCGAUCAGGAGUUACCUUUUUCACUUUUGCCGAGAAAAUCAGAGACAGAAGAAGAAGAAGAAGAAGAAAAGCGAAAAAAAGGCAAAACAUGAAGGCGACGGCGAAGACUCCGAUCCACGUGGUGUGGUCAUGGGUAAGGAGACAACCUCCAAAGGUGAAGGCUUUUCUCGCCGUGGUCACUGGCAUGGCGGCUUUGGUUCUUCUCAGAUUCAUUGUUCACGAUCACGACAAUCUCUUCGUUGCCGCUGAGGCUGUUCAUUCCAUCGGGAUCUGUGUUCUCAUCUACAAACUCAUGAAGGAGAAGACCUGUGCCGGAUUGUCACUUAAAUCUCAGGAGCUUACGGCGAUAUUUCUAGCUGUUAGGCUGUAUUGUAGCUUUGUAAUGGAAUAUGAUAUUCAUACCAUUUUGGACUUGGCUACUUUGGGAACAACUCUCUGGGUUAUAUUUAUGAUUCGUUUCAAGUUAAGAGCUAGUUACAUGGAAGACAAAGACAACUUUCCUCUCUAUUAUGUGCUUCUGCCCUGUGUUGUUUUAGCUGUGUUCAUCCAUCCAUCGACCUCUCAUCACAUAUUAAACAGGAUUUCAUGGGCAUUAUGUGUAUACCUUGAAGCUGUUUCUGUUCUGCCUCAGCUACGAGUGAUGCAGAACACAAAGAUUGUUGAACCGUUCACAGCUCAUUAUGUUUUUGCACUUGGAGUAGCAAGGUUCCUCAGCUGUGCCCACUGGGUUUUACAGGUUGUGGACACGCGGGGACGGUUGCUUGUAGCAUUGGGUUAUGGAUUGUGGCCAUCAAUGGUUCUGAUCUCAGAAAUUGUUCAAACUUUCAUCUUGGCAGAUUUCUGUUACUACUACGUCAAAAGCGUUUUCGGAGGCCAGCUUGUUCUCCGGCUUCCGUCUGGAGUGGUAUAAGUUAAAAGGAUAGAAAUACUCAAAUGAUGUCCGACGAGCUUGCCGGAAAUUCUUAUCGGAAAGACAGCUCAGUUUUUCUUUACCUCUGAUUUCACCGUUUAUGUGUCUGAGGUUGCACCAAGUGACUCGUAACGAAUUAAUUUUACUGUGUUGUAUAUUCUUGACUAUCAAGGGAUUUAUUGUCUUUUAGGCAGAUAAGUUAUCUUUGGUCAAA